GGGAGCCUGGCUCCCCACUCUCCGAGGAAGCGAGGGUGCUUGUUUGAAGCAUGCUGUCUCCUGUCCCAGAGGAACCGCUGCUGCUGGCUGAACUCAAGCCCGGGCGCCCCCACCAGUUUGAUUGGAAGUCGAGCUGUGAAACCUGGAGUGUCGCCUUCUCCCCAGAUGGUUCCUGGUUCGCUUGGUCUCAAGGACACUGCAUUGUCAAGCUGAUCCCCUGGCCGCUGGAGGAACAGUUCAUCCCUAAAGAGUUUGAAGCCAAAAGCAGAAGCAGCAAAAAUGAUUCAAAAGGGCGAGGCAGCCCAAAGGAGAAGACUCUGGACUGUGGGCAGAUUGUCUGGGGUUUGGCCUUCAGCCCGUGGCCUUCUCCACCCAGCAGGAAGCUCUGGGCACGCCACCAUCCCCAAGUGCCAGACAUCUCUUGCCUGAUCCUUGCUACGGGACUCAACGAUGGGCAGAUCAAGAUUUGGGAGGUGCAGACAGGGCUCCUGCUUUUGAAUCUUUCCGGCCACCAAGAUGUUGUAAGAGAUCUGAGCUUCACACCCAGUGGCAGUUUGAUUUUGGUCUCUGCAUCCCGGGAUAAGACUCUUCGCAUCUGGGACCUGAAUAAACAUGGUAAACAAAUUCAGGUGUUAUCGGGCCACCUGCAAUGGGUUUACUGCUGCUCCAUCUCCCCGGACUGCAGCAUGCUGUGCUCUGCAGCUGGAGAGAAGUCAGUCUUUCUUUGGAGUAUGCGGUCCUACACGUUAAUCCGGAAGCUAGAAGGCCACCAAAGCAGUGUCGUCUCUUGUGACUUCUCCCCUGACUCUGCCUUGCUUGUCACGGCUUCUUAUGAUACCAACGUGAUCAUGUGGGACCCCUACACUGGCGAGAGACUGAGGUCACUCCACCACACCCAGCUCGACCCCGCCAUGGACGACAGUGAUGUCCACAUUAGCUCCCUGAGAUCUGUGUGCUUCUCUCCGGAAGGCUUGUACCUUGCCACAGUGGCGGAUGACAGACUCCUCAGGAUCUGGGCCCUGGAACUGAAAACUCCAAUUGCGUUUGCUCCCAUGACCAAUGGUCUUUGCUGCACAUUUUUUCCACAUGGUGGAGUUAUUGCCACAGGGACAAGGGACGGUCACGUCCAGUUCUGGACAGCUCCUAGGGUCCUAUCAUCACUGAAGCACUUAUGCCGGAAAGCCCUUCGAAGUUUCCUGACAACCUACCAAGUGCUCGCACUGCCAAUCCCCAAGAAAAUGAAAGAGUUCCUCACAUACAGGACUUUUUAAGCAAUGCUACAUGGUCUUGUUUUCUUUGUAGCAGGAUAAAUCUUCCUGGUAAAGGAGUAGCUGGAAUAAUGGGCCAAACAUCUGGUCAUGGAUUGAAAUAGUUUCUUUGGGAUCUUGAAUAGAAUGUAGCAAAACCAGAUUCCAGUGGACUAGUCAUGGAUCUUGUCCGCAUGACACAUGAAAGUCAGUCAGAGAGGAGGAGAUUCCACUUCUGUGGCCACAGAGCCUUACCUUAAAUCUUCAGUCCACUUACAAACAAGUUUGAACUCUUCCAAGUAGUUUUGAUUCAAAGUGCAGUUACUGAUGUUUCGAUAAGAAUAACUAAGUAGGCCUCCAGAGCCUCUCUGUAGGUGCAGAGGGUUUUAAACUCCCCCUGCUGGGAAGUGUGGCUUCUGACUGGCACUUAACCAUUGUUGUUUCAGAUGCGGUGGUGGCGUUGUUUAAAGCUCUCUGCUGCUGUGUCAGUCGCUGUGAUGUUGGCAAGUCUCUCCCUCCUCUAGCUCCUCUCUGACCAGCAGGACAAAGUGUUCACGGAACGGCCUCUGAUAUUAACUAAAUUACAGGUGACUCAGAGGCUAUGCUCCUGACUGAUACAGACACUAUAAUUGGCUUUUUUUUUUUUUUAAACAACGGUGUGCAUGUGCAGAUGACAAAUUUCUGUCAGGUUACACAAGGAUUUAUUCCUAAACUGCAUGACUGUUCAAAUGGCUGAGUUGUCCGUUGUUUGCCAUUCAUUAGCAUAUUUAUUUGUGUUUUCUCAACAGAUGGUAAGGUACAACUGUGUUUUUCUUGAUGGUGUCUAAAAACCACAGUACUUAAGUCGAACAGUUGUAAAGAUGUCUCCUUGAUUGUGUAAAGAAUUGGUGUUGUCAUCACUUCAGCCAAUAGUCUUACGUACGAGGUCUGACUUUGCUGCUUCCCCUCAUUGGACUAAUGAGCCAGUUUUAGCUCUAUCCCUAAACAAAUAUAGCUCCUUAAAAGUACUGUUCUACAGUGGCAUGUAGUUAUCUAAUCAAGACACCUCAUCCAAACAAAAUCUGCCUUUGGAAAAAUUAAUAUAUUUUAAAUUAUUUUAAAAAGUGCAACAUCUUAUCCUUUGGCUUUCUUAAUAGGUGUUUUUAUGGAGGCCAGUGUAACAUAAAACAUGGUUGGAAAAGUAGGAGUCUCCUCUACCACCUUUGUUGCUGAAGAAAAACAUUUUUCAAGAUGAGAGGCUUUCAUUGAAGGAAAAAGUUAAAGGCUUUUGGCUCUCCGUUUCAUUUUUUCCAUUAAGAAAAAAAAGUCAUCUUUAAAAUAAGUGAGUACAACAAGACAGCUGGGAAUGGAUUGGGCAAAUUUUUAAAUUUUUGGUUAUCUUGAAAAAAUCAUUCAUCGUAGUCUGGGAGGCUCCAGGUGGCUUCCUUGAGGCCAUUCGGCCAUGAGCCUAAAACUUCACUGGUGUCCACGGGGAGCAAGUCCUCUAUGUGAAUGAUGGAAAUAACCAACUCCUCCCUUUUGGUAGUAUACGAAUUUGACACCUUUAUAAAGAAUAGCCUCCAAAGUUUAUUCCGUGAUAUCAGAGGUAGAGGUUUUCAGAUCGAUGCAAGUUGAAUAAGUCAUUGUCCUUGUAACUGGCUAAGGACAGAUGAGUCACUUGUAACACAACCAACAAGAAAGCUGCUUUAUUUUUAUUGUGAAGAGCGAUAUGAAUGCAGCGUAACUGCUGUAAAAUACACUGCUACGUUUGUACACAGGUCCUAAUCCUUUUGGCAGUUGCAGGUUUAGAGUCAGACUAAUCUCAUGUGCCCUCCCUGCAUUAAAUAACCGAGUAUUGUACAACCUCCUGGCCCCUAAUGGCAUAAAUUAAAGUGGAUGUUUUCUCUACCGUCCCCACCACAAUUAGGAACCUGCUAGUAACUCCUCUACUUCAAGAGAAGAAAUAAAAAGACCAGUUUUUAAAGUAAGAGAACUGAGUCCAUUUUAUGAGUAUAGCAGUUUGGGCCAGAAAUCCAUUAACACCUACUCUAAAAAAAGAUACAGCUGAAAUGAAGGUUUUCCCUUCCCAGCACCAUAAAACAAAAGUGGGCAGUGCAAUAAGACAGUUGUACAUUAAAACUGUUUUGUUCAUCUCUGCUCCAAACAGCCACAAACAAGGUACUUUUUCUAUAUCUGCCACCCAUGCCUGGAAUGGCAUACUCCAAGAGUUGGGGUGGUUGUGGCUUCAGGCAGCAAUUCAUCCUGUAACUGAGUCCCCUGUUCUCCAGUCACUGCUGAGCCUGAGAAAUGCAGCAAAUGAUCCUCAGCAUCUAGGCCUCUGUGACAAUCAGGUCUCUUGUGACUUGAAAAGCGGCAAUGAGGGAACUCAGCUGAAUCUUCUCACUGGUGCCCACAGAAAGUCUGUACCUAAAAGAAAUCAAACAAAAGGUAAGAAUAGAGAACGCCACAGGCAGCUACCCUUUGAUAAAACAACAAGAGAGAUCAAAGACAGAAUCUGCUGGAGGAUAGGUAGGAGGUAAUAAAAAUUGAUCCUGGACAUCAAGCUUGUAUGAGUCCCCUAACAUUUUCUCUUCUCUGCCCUAAACACACUUACAGAUUAGAUUCAAAUUGGUGAGGAAAAAUUAAAUUAAAAAAGUGUUAUCAA